CCUGCCAUGGCGCUCGACGACUACGACGCUGAUGCAACUGAGUUGCUCGAGACAUAUGAUUUUCUCAUGAAAUACAUUAUCAUCGGCGAAGCAGGAACGGGAAAGUCUUGCCUACUUCAUCAUUUCACCCACAACUCCUUCAAGGAUCACUCACAACACACGAUCGGAGUGGAGUUUUCUAGUAGAACGGUCAAGCUCGGAGAGAAACGUAUAAAGCUUCAGCUAUGGGAUACAGCUGGACAGGAACGAUUCCGGUCUGUGACCCGCAGCUACUAUCGAGGUGCAGCAGGUGCCAUUUUGGUAUACGAUAUCACAGAUCGACAGUCUUUCCUCAAUCUCUCGAGAUGGUUGCAAGAUGCAAGGGCACUUGCCAGCCCACACCUCGUUGCUGUCUUAGUAGGGAACAAGUCUGAUAGAGAGGAGGACAGGGAAGUAGAGUGGUCAGAAGCAAGCCGUUGGGCGGCCGAGAACGAUGUCCAUUUCCUCGAGGUCUCCUCAUUAACAGGCGAUAAUGUUGAGGCACCAUUUCUCCUCGCGGCUCGCUCUAUAUUACUCUCCAUCGAGUCAGGAGCCCUUGAUCCGGAAAAGGUUGGUAGUGGUGUCAGCUAUGGAGACCGCGCGCUUCGGCGUGUAAAUAGCUCAAGUAGAUUGAGUUUCGGGAGCCUCAGCGGUGGACGACGACGAGGUGGGACCGCUAAGCUCAAACUCAAGGAUCUGGUACCGGGCGCGGGUGGACGCCGAUGUUGCUAA